AUGAAGUUACAUAGCUGUGUUGUUGACAAUGAGCAUCUUGAACCUUUGAAGAUUUUUAGACUUGUUCUGAUGAAGUUUUAUAUCCAACAGUUAUCAGGUGAUAUACAUGAGGAAAUGGAUACUCCUAAUAGGAUGCUGGACAGAAUGGGUAAUGAUAUGGAUUCUUCAAGGGGAGUUUUAUCUGGCACAAUGGAUAAAUUUAAGAUGUUAUUCGAGACUAAAUCAAGCCGAAGAAUAUUUACGCUUGUAGCCUUAUUUGUGGUCCUCUUUUUGGUGGUAUACUAUCUCACUAUUGUAAGAAUCUUGCGGAAAGAUGUUUUUGAUGCAACAAAUACGAACGGAAUAUUAGUGCCUACACAGUUAAAUGUUCUAUUUCAGGCAUCUAAUGAUAAAGAUAGAUCCCAAAUUAUUGUCGUUGAUGCAGCAAAUGGCUUUCAGCUUCACAUUAUCAAUACUUAG